AUGCAGGCCGUACUUCUACUAGCAGGAAUUGCCUUGCUAGCCUCUUUCACACCUGCCACCCUUGCAAAUCAGCAUGUGCUUGGCCUGGAAGCAGCGUCCGGUGUCAACAAUGACAUGGUCAUCACUGGGGUCUACAAAGACGAAAAGAUUAAACAUCCUAUGAUUAUUAUCCACGAUAUCAAUGGCAAGAUUGUCUGGAACUGGUCAGUCUCCGACGUCGGUGAAACUGUACCGCAUGAGCUCCUCACUUGUAUUGCCACACAUCGCGCGGCGACUGAGGUCAAGUUCGCUGCCAAGGGGAGUAAAGUCACUGCGAUCAUUGGCAGCGCUGCUCUGGUGAUCAAUUAUCCGGGAAAGCAAGUUCUGAGUGGCAUCUGUCUUGAUGGUCCUCAGCUCAGUCCGGCGCACACUGUGGAGUUACUGCCGGAUAAUCUGUUCGCCAUCGGAGACUCUAAUCAGAACCCGGACGCGGGUGUCUGGAUAUAUGAUAGUCACAAGCUGUUUCCACGCAGGGAACAUCAGCAUCUGAAAGGCAUAAAAGCUGUUCACGGCAUGAUAUGGGACGACCGUAUGAAGUCUUUAUGGGUAUCAGGGACCACAGAAGCGGCAGAUGGCAAGGGGGUGACCGCUUAUGGGAUUGUCCAAAGAUACCAGUAUGACAGUGGGAAGGGAAUUUUCAGUGUUUCGGAGAAUUAUACAUUUCCCUGUCCUUCCCGCCUUUUCACUGAAUGGGGAGACUCACUUGAGGGUCAAUAUUGGGACGGCCCGCAUGAUAUUGUCCCAAUUCCUAACCAGCGUCUGCUUCUUGUUCCGCUGGAGAGGGACAUACACGCUAUCAAUAUUACCAGCGGCGAAACAUAUAAUGACGGUGAACAGCUAGCGAAGGAUCAUCUGAAAGGGUUCCGGCCCAUCGGCGCAAGAGUGGGGAUGUUUGGGGAUGCUUUGCCACGAUCAGAUAUCAAAAGUAUCAGUGUGAGGGCCGAUGGCAGCGUCCUUUACACUCAAGCUGUUUGGAAGGAAACUGGGCAAUGGUUCGCCAUCGCGAAUCAGGUGAACCUCCUAAAUGUUACGGGAGACGCCUGUUCUUUCUUCAAGGGAAAGCGGAUUUAUCGGUCUCGUUGGUUUCAGGAGAUUCCAGGCUGGCCCACAGCUUAG